GCACGUUUUCAAACAAGUAGAUUUUGCGUUUGUUUUUGAAAAACCCGAUUAGCGUUGAUUGUGUUUACAUUGGACACUAGAGAACAGAAACGAACUGAUAUAUUUCCCUGUUAAUGUCAUCAGGAACUAUAACUAUUCGUUUGGUCAGAUCUUUUGAACACAGGAACAUCAAACAUAUUGUUCUUCAUGAUGUAGAUUUUUCUCAGACUGUCAGUUCAUUCAAAGAAACAAUUAAAAAAGAUCUUGUGUCAAUGCAGGGAAUUCCACCACCUUUUAAGAAGUUUACUUAUGAUACACUGAAAAUAAGCCAUAAGGCACAUGGAGCUAAGAGUAAUGAUCCUGUUAUUGACAUAGAAAACGAUCAAUUGAUUUUAGAAGAUGGGGUUACAUUGAAGGAGGCUGGUGUUGGAAAUGAAACAGAAAUAUCCUAUUUCAAAAUGGAAGACUACAGAAAGUACCAAGCCAAUCCACAUUUAGUAUGGUGAAGAUCAGACAAAGUUAAUGGCAACAUUAAAUGGAUACUGGUUCCAUUUACAUUCAACACAUGCUUGUCAUAUGCUUGUUUGAGUAACUGCUCAUUAUUUAAUAUCUGCUGUGUGUAAGCUGACCAGACACCAUAUAAAUGUUGAUAACUUUAAAAUAAUUACCCUGACAAAGUUUUGGCAAGGUAAAAAUGGUAUACAACACAGUUGUAAGUUACAAAAUCCACGGAAUUGUUGUCUCUUCAAUUAUAUCAUGAUUUGAAUAGUUGUAUUGUGUAAACUGUCAUUGAAUUGUGAAGUUACCUAUCUGCUCAUUAUCUUUAAAUUCCAUAAAAUGUGGUCUAGUUUUUGUUUUCUUUGAAGUUAAUAAAAAUCAACAAAAUUGCUAUGAUAUAUAUAUAUAUAUAUGCAUAUCAAAUAUAUAUAAUGCAUGAAAAAAAAAAUUAAAACAUUUUGGGUUGCCUCUUAUUAAAUAAAUAUGAACAUAAA